AUGGAUCCUACCGAGAACAACCAGAGCUCCAACUUCUGGGACAUCCCUCAGGCCCAAAUCGAAGAAAGGGGCUCCGAGGGUACCCAGGACCCCAUAGCUGAGGCAGGGGAGGUAGAAGCCAUUGCCACCGCUCCAGGGGAUGUGCCUGCUGGAGGGCCACCUAGUUCUCCCCAGAGUGCUGAGGGACCCCCGUCUCUUCCCACUGCCAUGGGUCCCAUUGCAGGGGCAUCAUUUGGCAAUCCUCUAGCAGGGAUGCCUGAUACUGAGUUCCCCUCCCAGGAUGAUGGGCUAAAUGGAAAGAUAAUUGAUUUGGUGAGAUUCCUGCUUGUGAAGUUUCGCAGGAUGGAGAUAACCAGUAAGGAAGAAAUGAUUCUUAGGACCAUGAGAGAUUAUGAGGAGCAUUACUCUGUGAUCUUUAGUAAGGCUGCUGAGUGCAUGAAGCUGAUUUUUGGCAUUGACAUGUUGGAAGUGGACCCUUUUGUCCACUCCUAUUUCCUUUUCCCUGCUUUGGGAAUCACCUAUGAUGGAAUGCUACAUGGCGUUGUAGGUGUACCCAAGACAGGUCUGGUUAUAAUUGUCCUAUGCAUCAUCUUUAUAGAGGACAAUUGUGUCAGUGAGGAGGCAUUCUGGAAUGUAAUGAAUGCCCUAGGGAUGUAUGCUGGAGUUGAUCAUUUCAUAUUUGGGGAUCCCAGGAGUCUCAUCACGGAAGAUUUUGUAGAGGAAGGGUAUGUGGAAUACAGGCAGGUGCCCAACAGCCUUCCUCCACGCUUUGAGUUCCUGUGGGGCCCUAGGGCAUAUGCUGAAACCACCAAGAUGAAAAUCCUGGAGUUUUAUGCCAGCAUUGUCAGGCAGGAUCCCAGAUCCUACCCUGAAAAGUAUGCAGAAGCUUUGAGAGAAGAGCAAGAGAGGAUCUAG